AAUGCAAAAUUAUGAGCAUCUUAACAUCAAAGUUUAUUUAAUAGUUUUAUAAAUUACAAUCAAUUUAAAUAUAAAUUAAAUAUUAAUAUAUGAAUCUAAAUUAUGGAACUCAAUAUGAAUUGUUAAGAGUUGUACAUUAAAAAAAAAAAGAGAAGAUUAUUUCAAAAUGAUGAGUUAACCAUUGAAUGUGUUUUUAUGUAAAUUCAAUGUUGCACAAGAAGCAAUGGUCCUCUCUCUUUAAUUUGGAAAUCAAAAUAUACAUUAGAAAAAGUCCCCUUUUAUAAGAUGACCACACAACGCGUGUUGACUUGACUUGAAAUAAAUAAGCUUCAAAAUAACUUCAUUUCAAAUUGAAAAAUUAUCUUUUCCUUUCUUGGUUAUUACAAUUUGCAUCAAGAGUUCUUCUACCUUAGUUCCAUAACAAUGAAGAAAGUUGUGUUAAAGUUGGAGAUAAAAAAAGGCAAAAUCAAGAAAAAAGCUAUGAAAGCAGUCUUGGGCCUUUCAGGACUUGAAUCAUUUUCUGUGGAUAUGAAAGAGAAGAUAUUGACCUUAAUAAGAGAUAUUGAUCCAGUAAAAGUAGUGGCUAAGCUAAGGAAGUUUUGUCAUGCUGAAAUUAUCUCAGUUGGACCUAAGGAUUCAACAAUAGAAAAUGUUAUUAAUCCCAUGUUCCAUGGUGCUGGUAGCACUGAAGGGGAUCCUCGUCCUAAUAGGUCAAACACUUCUGAAAAAGCAUAGGCGAAAACGAAAGUUAGGGCAAUGGCGAAAUCGAAGAAGACG